CAAUCAUUUUUGUUAUAUUUUCAUGGUUUCAUGGCUUUUAUUACGGAUCAACGAUCGAGCUUUAAGCAUUUUUGUAAGAUUUGCAAGAAGGGGUUCGGGUGUGGGCGGGCGCUCGGCGGGCACAUGAGGGCGCACGGUAUCGGCGACGAGAGCGGGAGCAUCGACGACUAUGACGUCGCGAUCGAUUGGGAGGAGAAGUUCGGAGGGAAUAAUUCGGGGAAUAACAACAAGCGGAUGUACUCGUUGAGGACAAACCCUAAUCGCUUGAAGAGUUGUACGGUUUGCGAGAACUGCGGGAAGGAGUUCUCGUCAUGGAAAUCGUUCCUUGAGCACGGUAAGUGCGGCUCCGAUGACGCCGAAUCGCUCCUGUCGUCUCCGGCCAGGUCGGGCGACGUGGCGAGAGGGUGCGACAACGGUUGGUCUAAGAGGAAGAGAUCGUCCAAAGCCGAGACGUGUGGUUUCAAUAGCGAAGAGGAGGAUCUUGCUAAUUGCCUUAUGAUGUUAUCGAACGCGGUGGUUGGUCCGUUCGUGACCGAUGCCGUGGCGGAGGAGUCUUGUGCUUCGGCUUGUAGAGAAGAGGAUACCAAAAGGAAUACAAUGAAUUUCGUUGCUCGUAUUGCAUGUAGGGUACCGAUAGAGAAACCUAAAGGCCUUGCCAGAGGAGUAUUUGAGUGCAAAGCAUGCAAGAAAGUGUUUAAUUCACAUCAAGCAUUGGGCGGACAUAGAGCUAGCCAUAAGAAAGUUAAGGGAUGCUUCGCGGCCCGGAUCAAUCAUCUCGAUAACGCUCAAGUCGACGAAGACCACGAAGUAAUCACACACGAAGAAAUCCUCCCGACGAAAUCGACAUCCACUUCCCAAUUCGAUCAAGGAACAUGCACUCCAUCACCAGACUCAACGUCGAAAAAGAAUCAGAAAGUACACGAAUGUUCGAUCUGUCGCAGGGUUUUUUGGUCCGGACAAGCAUUGGGAGGACAUAAAAGGUGUCAUUGGGUCACGUCGAAUUCACCCGAUACACCUUCGUUGGCCAAGUUCCAUAGGUUUCAAGAUCAUCAAACCAAGCACUUCCACCAAAAUCCGAACCUGAUCGAUCACAACUCCAAUCAAUCGCUCGAUCUUAAGCUCGAUCUUAAUCUCCCUCCUCCGAACAAUCUCGAUCUCGCACAGCGGAACCACGCGAACCCGUAUCGGCAGCCGUGGAUGAGGAUCGAACCCAAAGAAAAGGCAGCCAUUGACAAUGAUCUUAGUAGUUCAUUGCAAAAUGCAGAUGAUGAAGCGGACAGUAAGGUGAAGUUAGCAAAACUUAGUGAACUAAAGGGUAUGAAUAUUGUGAGUGGAAGUUCUUCAUCUCCAUGGCUGCAAGUUGGGAUUGGUUCAACAGCUAAUGUUGGUUCCAACCCUUAAAAAAAACAUUAUGACAAAUAUUUUAUUCAUAUUUUUAUUUCAUUUCUUAUUUUAAUUGUA